AUGUAACAAAAUUUAGAAAAUGCAUAGAAUAUGAUUUUAAAUUAUUGUUUAGUUGGAAUGGGAGAGAAAUUGAUUCCUAUGAUGAAAAAUCAAAGAAGGUUUUUGACAUCAAUUUAGUUACAUGAAACAAAAUGUUAGACACUCUAUAAUGAGCAUAACACAAUAUUAUAGGAAUCAUUAGAUAUCUUUGGAAAUGAGAAAUUAUUCCUACUCUGCAUUUAUAGUGAACCAAACAAAGAUCCAAUAACUAAUAUUACAUUCGUUGACGUAGAGGUUAGAGAAAGUCAGAUCUAAUUUAAAUACAAAUACAGUUUAUGCCCAAUUAUGAAGAAGGCUGAUGUAAUGAAAUCAGUUCAAAUCACAGAUUGGGGCCUAAUCAAAGAUCAAGAGCGCUUUGAUAUCAGUCCCUAUUUGUCCGAGUAGAAUAAAUGUUAUGUGCUGUGCUACACCAGAAAAACAGAUUAUGUUCCAAUAAUAAACUUGGUUUUGGAAGACUAUGAUCCAAACCAUGAUUUGUAGGACACUGUGCAAUUCCUUUCGUUUAGCAAAAAGCAAAUAUAAUUAAUUCGAUGUAAGCAAUCUUUAUAUUAAACAUUCGUAGAGAAACCCCCAUUAAAGUAAGCCUACACUCCCGAAAUACUUGACCUAUACCCAUUUUGUUACAAGGAAUCACAAAAGCAGAAGCAUUAUCAAAAUUUAUUCAAUGACAAUCCUUCGAUUAGUAAUUACUGCAUUCCAGAGGGAAUCCAGAUUCUACAAAAGACCCAAAAUGAGAACCCGAAUCAAAAUUAGAUUACUUAUUAUCAAUUAAUGUAGUCUCCAAAGGGCGAUCUCAUUUACAUAUAUUGCUUACGCUAUUAUGAACAACUGACCAAAAAGUAAGCCUAGAAACUCAAGUUAGAGAAUUACAGCAAUCUCUUUAUUCCAAAGGUCAUGGCUCUCAUAAGUUAUUAGAACUUCACUUACCAAUUUUCAUAAUUGCUUACUUACUUAUACUCCAUAAGAAUUGACUCAUAAAUUGAAGUAAACAUCUAAAAAUCAUUAUAGCAACAUAUAGAAAGAGUCAUUUAACAGUUAAAGUAUUCUAUAAUUCUCGAAAAGAUCUCCCUUAAAUUGAUAUUAAAUGACUAAUGCUUUCUAUUUUAAAAGCAUGUCAGAUAUCCAACAUGCUAGUUGAAAUCAAUUGAUUAUGUUAUGCACAAUAUCAAUGUGGAUAAUAUAAUAUAAUUGUAUACUGCUGUCUUAACUGAGAGGAAAAUUAGAUUAUGUUCAAGUUCAAUCUUGAAUCCUGGCUAUGUGAUAGAAGCUUUGAUGACCUUUAUCUACCCAUUAUAAUACUAAAAAUUGUUGAUAUGCUAUUUGAAUUACGACAAUUCCUAAAUUAUUGAAACCCCAGAACCAUAUAUUGUAGGCUUACCAGAAACUCUCCCUUAACCAGCUUGUGAAUCUGAAGGAUAUAAAUUCAUUUUGGACUACAAUGUUGCAUAUAAUGUAUGUCCUCCUCCUGAAUUUCCUCUCUUCGAGAAAUUAAAGAAGAAGUUAGAACCUUUUGCUAGGUAAGACAUCAAUGAAACAAAUGCAAAUUUAAUCAAGGGGAUCUUUCUUAAAAUUAAUUUGAAAAUACUGAGCCACGCUUUUGAUUAUGAUAUCAAAUAAAAGAAUUGGAGCAUUGCAUUUUAAAAGAAGAAAUAAUCCUAAUAUCCGAUCAAAGGCUAAUUUUGGGAAAUCUUCUCAAGGACCUAAUUGUUGUGUUCAUUUAUAGACAAUAAUCAGUCUAAUCGAUAAUUAACUUCAUAUAUUAACUAUUUUAAUGCCUCUUUCUAAUAAGUGAAUGAAAAUAAUAACACCAGGAUUUUUGCGGAUAUCAAAACUAUAAAUAUAAGUGAUAACAACAAUUCAUUAAUUCAAUCCAAAAACAAAUAAUAAUUUUUCCCCUAUCUUACUCCCUACUAUUACAUUAGAAAUAAAUAAACAGCCUUGCAAACAUAGGUCUACAGAAUUUGGUUGCAAAUUAUUCAUAUGUUUUAGUUAGAUAGCAAAGAAUUUUAAGAGCUAGCAACAUAUUUAAGGAAAGAAAUUCCAACCAUUGAAGACUUUAUCUAGUCGUAGGAACAUGUAUAAUUACAUCAAUAUGACGACUUGAAUGACAAAUAAUUCCUAUUUAUAAAUGAGUGCCCUUAUUGCAAGAGACAAAUUUCAAUAGAAGAAAUACUACAUAAGAUUGUGCCUACUUACUUACGUCAAACAAUCAAGUGUUCGAAAAAGAAGGGUUGUGGUAAUCAAUUCACUCCCAAGAUGAUAAUUUUUGAUGUUGGAGAGUUCGAUAUUCUGAAUAUUCAUUAAUUACACUUUUAAUUAGAUCAACUAAGGGUCUUUGAUUAGGAAUUUUGCAAGACGACUGAAUUCUGGAACUUAAUCUUUUAUUUUAGAUUAUUCAAACUUCCCAUUCCGUUUAUAAAUGAAUGUGAAGAAGCAUCAUAUUGUUUUAAAUCGAAAGAGAGUAAAUAAAAAGGGAUUAAAGUAAGUUUAAACGACAACUUAAAAGUUCUGCAAACAAAGUAGGAAGUGUAAACUAAAUAAAUCAUAUAUGGGGAAUGUGGUUCGAGAAAAUGA